CUCGCGUACGUGUAUUCUCUCUGUCCCCCCUCCACUCUCGUUCACCGGUCUCUCUCGCUCCGGGUGUCUCCUACGCACAGCAGCGCGGCUGGAAUACGCAAGUACAAACAUCGAUACAACUGUUUACGCGUUCUCGUUGUUCCGCGUGAAUCUUGUUUUUUUCUCUCCGUCCAAAAUUCCGGUGUCGUACCGAGUGCAGGCCACGAAUUCGAUCGGGGGAACCUGUUAUCGACGCGUGUGCGUGUGUGUGUGCGCGCGUGGAGCUCCGUGACACAGUGACACCGUACGUGAGACGAAAGCGCCCCGCGUCGAAAGAGCGGGAAACUACGUGUGCGUGGAACGACGACGAUUUUGAAUCGGCCCGAGGAUGGUGAAGUGAAGGAUUCCAACGGUUUGCGAAACUCGCAGAGAAACGACGGCGCUGAAAUGUAGCGAGUGUAUCCCCGCGCGAUCGAUACAGCGCCACGGUAAAUAUCAAACUGUUCGUAUUUACAGCGCGAACCGACAGCGUCGAGCUUCGUGCAUGAACACGAUCGAUGGCGUUUCGACUGGUACGACGAGGAUGCCGUGAAAUCAACGACUGAUGGAACGUGAGAAUGAAUGGCCUCGAGUUGUUCGGGAAGCGCUGUAUCCCGGGGCGCCAUCUUGGUCGUACAAAUCGCGAUCGUUGAUCGAACGCUGGAUAGUUCGAGAGUGGGUGCAACACCCCGGAAGAUCCCCCCAUCGUGUUAAUAUACAAGGUGGCCAGAAAAUCGCGGGAGUCGAAUGGAGCGGCGCGGAGAGGAUACGAGGCGCUUUUAUUUUUAGCCAAUCGCGAGAACCGGUUCCCGGAGUCGGUCUCGGGCUGGAACCACGAGGUAACGCGCGUAUAUAGAGAACGGUUUUAGCUGAAAAGGGACAACGCGAUAUAAAGGUGGAGUUAUGGUACUCGUUGGAGGAAGAAGGAUAGAGAGAGACGGGAACGUGGAAUUCGCCUAAGCCCGAUACAACCUCUCCCCCUGCCCCUUUACUUUCUCUUUGGUGGUAUCGAUUGCGUGCAUGCACGCGGGGAGCGCGGGGCGUGAUUCGAUCAUCGAGCGAGACUACGACGACGCGAUGUUUGUCGUCGAUGUAAUUAGUCGACCUUGAUACAAGCGCUAGGAUAUCGGCAAACGAUUCGAAUCGACGCGAGGAAGCAACCAGUGGUGUGUAAAGUGCGUCGGUGGGAAAAUCGACUGGGACAGAUAUUGUUGCGUGUGGGACGGGAUCGACGAGAGACGAGGCAUGAAGAAUGGCAACCGAUUCGAGCAACCGUCAAGACGUAAGGGCGGUCGCCACGACGACCACCGAUCCGCAGCGAAGCGAAAAGCGCGCCGUCGCGGCACGAGGCGCCGCCGGUGCUCUGGCCCUCAGUAUUCUGGCCGUGGUCCUCCAAUCGGCGGCCACGGCGACCCCCACCUGGGGAUACUUCACCAAUCCUGACGCUGGUUCAGCAGCCGAAAAGGGAUACUUUGGCCCGUGGAGACAGUGCAAGCUUCUGUUAUACGGUCGCGAGAGAUGCGGCCAAGGCGUUUCCAGGUUUCAACCAGUGUUGGCUGUGUGGGUGGCAGGAUUAGCCGCAGCGACCGCCUCCGCGCUUUUGGCGAUCCUGGUCGGUCUUGCUGUGUUACAACUAGCGAUGGCUUCCUCGGCGAAACGAGUCAUCAUCUCGUACAGCACGGCUCUGAUAGGAAAAGUGGCCCUUGCUACCUUGGCCACGUCGUUGGCCAUUGUAGCAGCGAGCCUCUUCGCCCUGCAGACUGACGACAGAGCAAGUAGCUUCGUUAUUACAAGGGGAGAAGCUUUUUACAUGCAGUUGGCUGCCAUCGCCUUGAACUUCGGCGUGCUGGUCACAGCGGUGUACGAGGGUAUUUAUGCUCGACGUGGCGGUGACCCGACGAAAAUUAGGGUCGUGGCUGAUCCUCGUGCCGCCACCAUAAAUAAUCCUGGCUACCGGGAACAUCAACCCACGAACGGUGGAACCAUCUCGAUGACGGACGCCAGCGGCAAGCCUUACGUCGGCGGCGCAGGAAACGGCUCGAUGGCGUCGGUGGCGACCUCUGGAAGCGUGGGCAGCACCGCGUCUCCGCUCCGUAGCUCCCUAAAGAAGCCCAAGCCUCUAGGCAUUCACAAUCCCGGCUUCUCCGCGCACAGUCCGACGCUUUCCAGGAACGGGUCGCAAAAGAAAGUGCGAAUACAAACGCACUCCACCGAGGUCUAGCAAUCUCGUGGCCACAACGAGACGAAUCCUCGUGGGGCAUCCUCCGAACAAGCGUUUCCCUUCGAAACGAGACACUCGACAGGUCGAAGCUACGUCGAAACGUUCUUCGAUCGCGAAAACGAUGUUUUCAUUUAAAAUUCGGGGGGACAUCCGAUAUAAUCGUGAAGCUCCAACUGUUUUGGCGACGAUUGCUAUUAAUUGUCGAGAUUUUCGGGAUACGGUGACCAAAACGCUCCGAGUGUAGCGUGUUUUAAAAGAAUAACACCAAUUUCGAAUACUUUUAAUUUCGAAAUGUAUUUUAGGGUUGUUUGGGUAUUUAUUUGUUUCGAUUUAUUUUGUGGACGAGUGUCCUCAUCGGAGCCGAAAUUAUGGCGCCAUUAUUCAAAUUUUGUGAUCGAGUGUCCUCAUUGGAGUCGAAAUUAUGGCGCCAAUAUUCAAAUUUUGCAAUCGAGGCGGUUUUUUUUAUUGAUAUUAUAGAACAAUUCUCAUCUUACUUGAGUUUUUGUUAUAUUUUCUAUAAUUUUUUGACAAUCUAAAUGCAUAAAUAUCCUGAGUGUAAUUAUUACUAUUAAAUUAGAACUUCUUUGCAACUAUUUUCUUAGAACAGUGAACUAAAAGGUUAAUUAAUCAAUUUAACAGUCUCAUUCGACUCCUGUGGACAUUUUCAUCACUUCUAAAUGAAUGUUUACUGUAUCUUGCUAAAUCACGAUGAACAAAGUGUUCAAUACCCAACAGCCACCUUUCUCACAAGUGGUCCAUCUCGAGAUUACAACGACCCUACAAUAACGAUUCUCGACGAUUAAAGUUUUUUAUUUUUUAACAAAGUACAGAUUCAUGAGGACACUGGGAAGUUCUCCAAUAAAUUUUCUGUCGUUGGAUGAUUAUUGGAGAACUUCCUUUCACAAAGUGUUGUUCUCAAGUUCACGAAAGGUCCAAGGAUCUCGAAUGACCUUGGAUCGAAAACUUCGCGAGUCUCAGUGGGAGGACGUAGGAAAUGAGCCCUCUCGAAGAACUGAUCGAGCAUAUCCGGUCGGAAAAUGGCGGACUCCGACUGAGAUUUCCAAUGGCGUCGCGACGCCUUCGAGAACCUCCGGAGGCGUCGCGUAUGACGUGUGGGCGGUAUUUAUAGGAGAAUGUGAUAUAAUACUGAUUUAAAGGGAACCGUAAAAAUUUCGUCAUCGAUGGUUGUUAGGUUGGCCACCAUUUUCUGCUUCGAGAUUCGCUAGUUUCGUCAUCGAGACACUCGAAUCGAAUCUAAGAUAUUUUCUAUCGGACUGCUUCGAAAACUAUUCCAUUAUUCAAACGAAUUUGACAAAAAUAGAUUUGUAUUAAUUUCACGAUAAAUUAUUAUGAAUCGUUUAAAAUUAUUGAUAUAAAAAAUUGUGCAAAAUUCUUCUUUCGUCUGGUGAAAGUUGCACCAGAAAUCAGUGGCUACGAAUUCGAUCGUGUCUUGUAUUUGUUAAAUACUAGACAUAUAUAUCCGCGAUAAUGCAAUUCUCUCGGGAGAAAGCGCUCGAGAAGCUUCGCCACCUGGCGGUAACAUCGCAGUACUGCUACGGGCAUGGUAUCGCGCGGGACGAAUACGCGUAUGCGCGCGCAAGUAGACUGUCGUGUACAGGGGUCGCGUGGUCUGCCAAACGGUCGUACUCAUGAAAUCUUUGCACAUAAAUUACAUGUUAAUAACGCGCUUAGGGUUAGGUCUGGGUUAGGUCUGAAUUAA